AUUAUAUCGACAAAGCCACUUAGUUGUCAUUCUGAGAUGAACCAAUUUGAAAUUAAUUUCUUUUAAUUGAAGUGUUUUAUAUUUCAAUUGGGAACUAGUGUCAUUUUGUAAAUUAACACUUCUUCUUGGAUGAUAUUGAGUGGAAAAAAUCUAACCAUGAAUUUGUUAAACGUGAUCAUUCUAUAUAUGGCUGGCGUUUUAAUCAGUUGCAGUACAGCAUCAAAACCACAACAACUCCCACAACCAUCAUAUGGAAUCAACCAUCGCUUGGAAUUGAAAACAUAUCCAAACAAUCAAACGAUCAAAGAAAGAUACAUUCGUGAGGGUUUGGAAGUUGUAUUCCAGUGUCGUGAUGAAGGUGUAUUACGUGUACCAGUUCGAUGGACUCGACCAGGUGGUCGCCCAUUGCCACCUGGUUCAAAGGAUCAACAAGGUCGCUUAGAAAUUCCGAAUAUUCGAUUGGAACAUAGUGGAGAAUAUAUUUGUGAAGCAGUUGGUGUCCCAUCAUCAACUCCCGGAGCUCAAGUUGGUGUUCAUCUUCCAGUUGAGCGUCGUAAUCUUGAUUGGGAACGUCCACAAACAGCUUGCUCUUCGUAUGAAGCCACAUGCAUGAAUGGUCAAUGCAUUCCAAAGCACGUAUUGUGUAAUGGUUACAAGGACUGUGCCGACGGUUCUGAUGAAUCUAGUUGCAGAGCUUAUGGUCAGUGUCAGCCAAAUGAAUUCAAAUGUAAUAAUAAUAAGUGUGUUUUGAAAACAUGGCGAUGCGAUGGCGAGAAUGAUUGUGAAGACGGUUCUGAUGAACAAGAUUGUAAUGGAACAGUGGUACCUGGAUCACAAUGUUCGGGAAGCGAAUAUGAAUGUCGCAGCGGUCAGUGUAUUCCAAAAACAUUUGAAUGUGACAGUCAUAGGGACUGCAUCGAUGGAUCCGAUGAAAUUGGUUGCAUUAAACCAACUGUUGUACAACCACCGCCACCAAGUGUUUACUUACAACCAGGCGAAACAUUCAAUAUUACUUGCAGAGCAAUUGGUGUUCCAACGCCACUGGUUUCAUGGCGUUUGAACUUGGGUCAUAUUCCAGAAAAAUGUACUACCACAAGUCAUAAUGGAUAUGGUGUUUUGACUUGUUCAAAUAUCGGUGUAGAAGAUUCGGGUGCCUACUCAUGCGAAUUGCUCAACAAUCAAGGCACGAAAUUUGUUGUUCCCGAAACAAUUUUAAGUGUACCAGUUUCAAAUUGUGAUCCUCGUGGAACACUUCGACAGCAUCCAGAUGGUCGUUGCGAAUGUAAAGAACAUGUAACCGGCUCACGCUGUGAUCAAUGCUCAAGUCAUUCAUUCUUCUUGAAUCCAAGAUGGAGUACAGGUUGCAUUGAGUGCUUCUGUAAUGGUGUCAGUCAAACAUGUACAAGUAGUUCAUUGUACAGAGAUUCGGUGCGUCCAACAUUUGCACAGAAUCGUCAUGAAUUCACGCUGAUUACCAUGAUUACCGAUUAUGAAAAUCCACAAGAAAGUGAUCUCGAUAUUACCACUUACAAUAAUGAAGUUUCAGUCCAUGAUUUGGCUGGCGAUACUGAUAUUUAUUUCUGGCGUUUACCAUCACAUUUUGCCGGCAAUAAAAUCACUUCAUACGGUGGAAAUCUAAAGUAUAGCAUUCGAUAUAAACCAACACCAGGCGGAAGUAUGUCACGCAAUAAUGCACCAGAUGUUGUAAUUCGCAGUGCCAACGAUAUUACUAUUUUGCAUCAUCGUCGCGAUGAAGUAGCACCAAACAGUUUACAAUCGUAUGUCGUACCAAUUUUAGAAGAGAGUUGGCAACGUCUGGAUGGAAUUACAAUCAGUCGUGAAAAAUUGCUAAUGAUAUUGGCUGAUGUUUCAGAUAUUUUCAUCAAAGCUACAUAUACAACGACAACAGGCGAAGCAGCAUUAUCUCAAGUUAUUUUGGAUACGGCCAGUCAACACUAUACUGGUAAUAAUGUACGUGCAUCUGAAGUAGAACAAUGCUCAUGUCCACUUGGCCACCAAGGAUACAGUUGCGAAGAUUGCGCACCAGGCUACAAACGUAGUCAAGGUGGUUUAUAUUUGGGAUUGUGUGAACCAUGUGAUUGCAAUGGACAUUCAGAUGAAUGUGAUGGUGAAACUAGUGUAUGUCAUAAUUGCCGAAACAAUACCGAAGGUGAUCGCUGUGAACGCUGCGCCAAUGGUUAUAAUGGCGACGCAACUCGUGGAACACAAUACGAUUGCUCAACUGACGAAUCUCAUGGAAACCAAACCACUUGUCCGCCCAAUGUUGUUGGUCACCGUUGCGAUCAAUGUCGCCAAGGCACUUAUAAUUACGACCGAGUUAAUCCCCUUGGAUGCACCGAGUGUUUUUGUUCAGGUGUAACACGGACCUGCUCCGCUUCACGAUUCUACCGUCAACAAAUUCAAGCUAUUAUUUUCGAAGACAAAUUCCCAUUAACAAAUCGUUUCGGAGAAGUUCAAACAAAUGAAGAUCCAGCUAUUGAUUUUGCAACUAAUAAACUUUCAAAUCGUAUUUACAAUGGAAACACAUAUUAUUGGAGCCUACCACAACGUUUCUUAGGCAAUCAACUCAAGUCAUAUGGUGGAUAUUUAUCAUUCGGCAUUGGAAAUGAAGCAUAUGGUACAUACAUUCCCGAUCAAGACAUUAUCAUUCGUGGUAACAGAAUCACGUUAGUGUGGACUCGUUUCAAUCCAAAUGAAAACCGAACUGAAGCUCUAUUCAAAGAAUCAGACUGGCAGAGUAUUAAUGAAGGCGGUUCAAAAGUUGCCUCGCGCGCUGAUUUGCUAAUCGUUUUGAGUAAUUUGGAAGCAAUUUUAGUACGUGCCACACUCAAAGAAGGAACAUCACUAGUUUCUUUGAGCGAUGUUGCCUUGGACACAGCCGUUCAACAAAAUACCGAUCAAGAUUUAGUUAGAGAUAUUGAAAUUUGCCGUUGUCCAGAAGGUUACACUGGCUCAAGUUGUGAGUCUUGCGACCACUUCUACUAUCGUGAUGCAAAUCGGUCGGCCAGUUUUUUGGGCACAUGUAAUCGUUGUCCAUGUGAAAAUGCCGAUUCUUGCACACUGGAAAGCAACGGAAAUGUUUUAUGUCAUUGCCAUCCUGGUUAUGUUGGCGAUAGAUGCACCGUUCCAGACACUCCAAUUUGGCAAGGAAACGUAGAACCAUUGCAAAUAUUUUACGACGCUGCUAAAAAUGGUGAUGUACAAAAAAUUGAACAAUUAAUAAGAAUUGGAGUGGAUACUAAUAUCAGAAAUCAACGCGGUAUGUCACCUUUAGUGAUUGCUGCUUCAUAUGGUCAUACAAAUGUAGUUGAAUUGUUGAUAAGGAAUGGUGCUGACAUUAAUUUGAAAAACAAAAACGGAAAAAGUGCCAUUUUUGCAGCCGCAUAUAAUGGUCAUAGGAAUGUGGUUGAAAUACUGAUUAAAAAUGGUGCCGAUGUAAACAUCAUAAAUGAGCACGGAUCUACACCAAUAUAUGCCGCCGCUCAUGAAGGCCAUGAAGAGGUCGUUGAAGUGUUAGUUCGAAAUGGUGCUGAUGUUAACAUUCAAGGAGAUGGUGGACGGUCAACUCUACAUUGGGCCACAGAAAAAGGUUUUGAGAAGAUUGUGGAGAUUUUAAUGAGGAAUGGAGCCAAUGUUGAUUUAAAAGAUAACAAAAAUGACACAUCAAUGACUAUUGCCAUCAGAAAAGGAAAUACGAAAAUUAUUGAAAUCUUGAAAACCAUUUAUCGGCGCCCAUCAGAAAAGGCCUGUAAAGUGUAUACAGGAAAUCGUAUUUUAAAUGGUGAAUUGGUCGAAGACGGUGAAUUUCCCUGGAUGGUUGCUCUUGGCUACCUUGAUGCCAAUAGCUACAAACCGACCUUUGACUGUGGCGGUACAAUCAUUUCGGAUAGUUUUAUAUUGACAGCAGCACAUUGUGUUAAACCUAGACCACCAGUUAAGGCUCGAAUGGGAAAAGUAUCUUUAAUCGAUACAGAUGAAGAUGACGUUAGAGCGAUCAAUCGUAGAAUAAGGGAAAGAGAUAUUAUAGCUCAUCCUCAGCAUUCCAGUCUAACCAAAAUGAAUGACAUUGCUCUAAUUCGGAUCAGAGACGGAAUCCCGUUUUCAGAAUAUAUUAAGCCAGCAUGUUUGGAAACGGAUUAUCGUGACAAACCUACACAUUUUAAGCUCAUUGUUGCUGGUUGGGGAUUAAAAUCAGAUGAAAAUCGUGUGAGAUCAGACAGAUUACUUAAAACGCAAUUGAUGACGAUGCCACUAUCAGAAUGCAUUUCUACAGUGAAAAAUUGGAAUCGCAGAGUAGAUCAUGCGACUUUUCGAAAUGGUUUGAUUGGGGGGCAAUACUGUGCCUACGAUCCUCAUGGAAGAAAUGAUAGUUGUGAUGGAGACAGUGGUGGUCCUCUGCAAUACUUUGCCACCAAUAAAACAUCUACAGUGGUUGGAAUUGUUUCGUUCGGUGUUGUGUGUGGUGCACCAAAUUUUCCCAGCUUUUACACAAGAGUCGCUUACUAUUUGGAUUGGAUAGAGGACAUUGUUUGGCCCGGCCCAUAAAAUAUUGAUUGAUAUCUAAAUGAACAAACAAACUUUUGAUGAAGAAAAUCAACGCAUCAUUUGUACUAUAUGUUGCAUUAAGCAUAUCGGAUGAAAUAAAAUUGCAUAAGAUACGAAAAGCUCAUUAUUAUUCGAAA